AUGGCCACGCGGCAGCGGUAUCUCGAGAAGCAAUUGCAAAAAAGGGAAUCGGAAGCGUCGGAAUUGCGUAGAAAUCUGCACGAACUGAGGACCAAGUUUUUCCAGCUAGAAAGAGCUUUCGAAACCAACUUGCAGGUCCAAACCGAACAGGAAGUUGAAUUUAAUCGCACAAAACACGAAAUCCAAGAACUUCGAAAACUCAACGACGAGAUUGUACAGACGAGAACAGUGCUCAACUCGAGAUUAAUGAAUACGAUAAUUGAACGGGAUCAUUGGAAAAACGCUUUCCUUCGACAAAGGGAUUUUAUUACGAGCAACAAAACUGAAUGUAGCAACGCAGUGGCUUUGGUUAAACGGGAAUGCGAGGACAUUUUGAAAAUGACACGCGAAACUACAGAGAAACAGUUUCACGAACUACUCGAGCUGUACAACAAAACUAAAGAGAAGGCAACUCGAUUAGAGGAAGAGAUAGAAGCGUAUCAAAUCUCUCAGCGUGAGCACGAAAACCGAAGUUUCGAGCUGGCAAAUCUACUUGAAACUUUAAAACGUUUUGACGUAGAUGUCGACGCGCUCUGUCAACUCGUGGCAGAAGCUCUGAAGAACUUGACCGAACCAGGAAACUUAUUCGAGAAUGGCAUGAAGAAUCUGAGGCAGCUCACUUGGAUCGCGAAAGACAAAAAGGAUGAAUCGGAACUUACAUUAUUAAGGGAACAAAAUUCCGUUCUGAAAGAAGUGGUAAAGAAUCUUAAAAGGAAGGUUAGCGCGCAGCAACGACUGCGCAGCGAAAUUCUCGAGCGGGAGAAAAAAGAACGGAAUGGUUUCGCUUCUCGAGAAACAAAAACUAUUAAUGACGAUUUACUGGAAAACUGUGUUCCGACUCUUAAUAACUCGAUCGACACCGUAACACAGGAAAAUCAUAACAAUGUCAUCGAAAAACAGGAUGCAUGUAACGACGACGAAACAAUUCAAAUUGUCACACGCGCGAAGAAUAAUCGAAGGAAGGAAUUCGAUAGUGAGGACAAGAUAAUCGAUAAAUGUGGAAGGGUAAUAUGUAUCGAAUCGCACUCUAACGGAUUAUUCUAUGAGGAGUACAUCUUCAAAUUGUCGGUUAAUCGUGAAAUCAAACUUAAAUAUCCAGUUUUAUUAAAUAAUAACGAAACAGUGGUGAAAAUGGAAUUUGUGGACGACGAGGCCGAAUACGAGGGAGCACCACUGGACAGGAUCCUGAUAUUUUUCAAAAAUAUACAUGUAUCGGUGAACGUUAAACAAACCGGCGUACCCUGUGGAACUCAAACGACGAGAAUGAAAACUUCAAGUAACGUGGCACAAACGACAUUAACUGGAAUAAAUUCAUUUUCUCGUUUAAACGUUGGAGUUGGGGUGAGUAAACAAAUUUUUGACGUUUUCUUUUGUUUUCCUCGUUUGAAAACUAAUCUAUUCGCGAAGAACAGACUAAUAGAAUGUUCGAUUGACUUUCAUGAAGCAUCGAAAAAUUAUUCUUCAAAGAUCAAUUCAAAUGGCGAAACUUUCUUCUCGUCUUUUGCUUGAAAACUUUGCUUAUUAUUAUUAUUAAUUAAAAAUUUCGAUUAUCAAUCGUGGUCACUUCUGAGCUACAGUAGAGAUGGGCCAAUUUGAAUCGAAUUAUAUAUAACGGAUAAAAUCAAUGAAUAAACGGUUAUUUAUCUUGAACUUGAUAUUUGUAAUUAUUAUCAAAAUAAAUAUUUUACCUACCUCUGGGACAGUAAUAUUGCAAAAACUCCAGUACCAUUUUUAAAAUAAAAAUAAAAAAACUUGAGUAGAAAUUAAAUUUAUUCUUGCAAGGCUGUUUAUUAAUAGUUCAUAAAUAUGAUUUUUUCUUGCAAUUUAUCAUUAUGUUUCUGAACAGAAAAGUAGUUUAUAAAUGUAGCAAUGUAAAUGUAAAGUAAAAAUCCAAUCUACAACUUCUUUUAACUGGUUGAGGCCUUGUGGUAAAGAUGGACAAAAUGCUUACUAGACACAAAUUUUGAAUAACAAAUAAAAAAUAAAUACCUUUUGGUCUGUUAUUUGUUACAAACAAAUUAUGUCAUAAAUAGAUAAAAGCUUAUCCGAAUAAUUGUAUUUGUAUAAAUGUUGCAAAUGAAUUGCUAUAGUUUCUAUUCGUUGUUUGUUAUUCGAAUUAAAUUUUGCCCACCUCUGGCCCGUAAGGCUCACGCCUUAACUUGUCCCUGCUUGUGACUAUUGAUACAAAUACAUUGGCUCUGCCAAACACAAUUCUUUAUAUACUUGUAUUUUGUACAGUACCAUUGCAAAACGUACAUUGAUUUCACUAGAAUGGUCGGUACAAAAUGUAGACUUUGAUUUGUUGAAUCAAACAGAUGCUUAAUAGCGAAAAACGUGCAAUAGAGAGAAGUCUAUCUAAUUUGGAAGAUAUUGUCAAGACUCUAAAAUGCAAUGCAUUAGAUCAAGCUCGAGCCAUGAUUAGUAAGAAAUCACAGUUCCUUGAAAGUGGUGAAUUCCUUGAAUGUGUAAGGUUACUGAGUCGAUAACUGUGCAUUGCAAUGUCUACCAUUUUCUGAAGUGCAUGAAUAUAUAUGUAUAAUAUUACAAUAUUUGUAACACAUAACAGUAUCGAACUAGAUUUGUCGUUAUAAUCGUAAUAAUACUCUUGCUAUU